AUGGCUGACCAGAACGGUGCUGCGUCGAGCGGCUCUCGCUUGAACCCUUUCUCCCGCCGCGACGAGUUCUCCUCUCGAGAACUCAUCCUCCACCGCAUCACUACACUUGUCACCUACAUCAUCUUUGUGAUCACCGCGAUUUACUACACCUUCAGCGCCCCCCAUGAAGGUCAUCAUCCGUGGCAUACGAUAUGGGGCAAUAACGCGGCUACGCCCUUUGCACAAAACAAGGUUAUGACCUCCAUCUACUGGAUCGUCCUUCUGCUGUUACAGCUCGUCUACGCCUGGUCCCUCUACUCCAAGGACCUCGUCUACGUCAACGCCGCCGCCAACAUCGGCUCCCACUACAUCGCAUCCAAUCUUCUCCUCUUCGGCUUCCUGCACCUCUGGGUGCGCAGCCACUUCUGGCUCGCAGAACUCCUCAUUAUCAUCAACUUCUUCAACCUGAGCUUCGCGUACUUCCGGCACUCUACGACGCCACGGCCAAUCCACAUUGGCACGGUGGCGGGCCCGCUGGCGUGGAAUUUUGUUGCGCUAUAUUGGGUUGGCGCCAGAGCGGUACCGCAUACCGAUGCCCUGCCGGCGAGAAUCGUCGGGAAUAUCUUUAUUUGGGGGAUUUUGGCGUAUGGAAGUUUCUUUUUGGUCGCGUUCAAGGACUACACCAUGGGUUUUGCGCUGUCCUACUUGGCUUUCUCUACCGGUGUCGGCCAGUUCAUGACCAAGAUCCCUAUCUUCCAGCUGCAGUGGAUAUUUGCUUUCACUAUUGGUGCACUGCUGUUCAUCCUGAGCCUUGGUGUGUCGAGUGGUAGAACGCCGUUCGAUGGCGGUGAGGUAGUGUCUGAGGAUCGUGAACGCGCGCCGUUGCUGAGGGAUGGGCCGGAUGUGCCGCGUGAGGCGCGUGAAUAA